GGUAAAUAGUGAUAAAAAUCGAGUCAUGGUCACAGAUAACGUUCAAAAUGUGCUGACACGUUUUCGAGUAUCGAAAGAGUUAGGAUUCCUGCUGGAAUGCGACCUUUCGAAAAUGCCCGAGUACUAUCAACCAUGGAUUGCUAUGUGUAAUAAUAUUGCGGAGGUCAUUAGAAGUCAUUCCGUCCGACAAGCCCUUCACAGUAUGCCAGAACUCACUACAGACUUGUUGUCCACAUACGAGGAUUGGAGAUUAGCUCAUCUUCUUUUGACUACGAUGGUAUCAGCAUAUAUCUGGAGUGAAACGACACACGAUGAAACGCUUGUUAUACCGAGAAAUCUGUGCUCACCUCUGAUGGUGGUUUCCGAGCAUCUUGGACUCCGUCCCAUUAUAUGCCAUGCUUCGGCUUGUCUAGCUAAUUGGAAGCUUAUUGAUCCAUCACAACCGUUCUCACCAGAUAAUUUACGAUUGAACGCAUUCAACCCGCUGGAUUCUGAAGGGAACAGAUGGUUCUUUGUUGUCACUGCUCAGAUCGAAAAGGAUUUCGGGCCGUGCGUUUAUAAUAUUAUUCGAGCGGUACAUUUCAAAAGUGAAGAUAGUGCUCACUAUAUAAACGAAGCUCUUUCCAGCAUCCGGGAUAGCCUAUUAAAGGGCAUCGAGACCAUGAAGCGAAUGCCCGAGCUUCUAACACCUGCCGAGUUCUACCACGAACUGCGUCCAUAUCUUCAGGGAUAUGAUGCGAACACGCUGAAUAGCCAUGGAAUCGUAUUUGAAGGGAUGGAGAAAAACGGACCAGUGAAAUGUGCCGGAGCCAGUGCUGCACAGAGUUCGACACUUCAACUGGUAGAUGCAUUUUUGAGAGUCGAACAUUCAGGAAAAGAGAAAAAGUUCCUUAAUCAGCAAAGAGAAUACAUGCCACGUGAACAUCGUGAACUGAUUCAUUGGGUUGAAACGGAGUCACCGGUACAGAAACCAACGGAAGGUCGUCAAGAAGUUCUGGAUGCGCUCACCAAGUUCCGGUCAUUUCACUUAAACACCGUAGCACUAUACAUCAUCACCCAGAUGAAAGGUUCAUCCGGAACUGGAACUGGAGGCACUUCAUUUGUGCAGUUUUUGAAUAAGGUUAGGGCCGAUACGAAAUGA